AGGCGGGGCCCUCUGGAAUGAUGAGGGAGGUUGUGUUGUCAACAACAGAACGUGGGAAAAUUGUCAAAUAAAAGACGAGCAUUUUAGUGGUGUAAACUGACAUCAAUUCUAAGGACCCAACACACCUCCAGACUAUUUGACCAAGAAGGAGAGUGAUGGAGUGCUCCAUCAGAUGACCUGUCCUCCACAAUCCCCUGACCUCAACCCAAUUGAAUUGGUUUGGGAUGAUUUGGACCGCAGAGUGAAGGAAAAGCAUCCAACAAGUUCUCAGCAUAUGUGGGAACUCCUUCAAGACUGUUGGAAAAGCAUUCCAGUGAUUUUGGCUUAUUGACACAGAGGGGACCAUGGGGAACACUAACACCGGUAUGGGUACGGGACACAGGCGGGACAGCCGUGCCAAGGAGGGCGACAGGCCUAAAAUUCUCAUGGACAGUCCAGAGGAUGCUGAUAUGUUCCAUGGAGAGGACAUCAAGGCUCCACUAGAGAAAGAGGAGUACCUUGCAUGGCGGCAGGACCUGGAGGCUGAUAAGGGGCCCACACUGGACCGCCCCACUGUGUUCCGCUGGACUGGAAGCGGAAAGGAGGUCUUUCUGUCCGGUUCCUUCAACAACUGGGCCAACAAGAUUCCCCUAACCAGGAGUCAGAACAACUUUGUGGCAAUUGUGGAUCUGCCUGAAGGAGAGCAUCAGUAUAAGUUCUAUGUGGACGGCACGUGGACCCAUGACCCAGCUGAGCCUGUUGUAACCAACCAGCUAGGCACAGUCAACAAUGUCAUCCAAGUGAAGAAGACUGACUUUGAGGUGUUUGAUGCACUUAUGGUGGACUCACAGAAAUGCUCUGAUAUGUCAGGUCAGUGUCAAGACCUGUCUAGCUCUCCUCCCGGACCGUACCAUCAGGACCCUUACAUACCCAAGCAGGAAGAAAAGUUCAAGUCUCCGCCCAUUCUCCCACCUCACUUGCUACAGGUCAUCCUAAACAAGGACACAGGCAUCUCUUGUGACCCUGCAUUGCUCCCAGAACCCAAUCAUGUCAUGCUCAAUCACCUCUACGCCUUGUCCAUCAAGGAUGGUGUGAUGGUGCUUAGUGCGACUCAUCGCUACAAGAAGAAGUAUGUCACCACCCUGCUGUAUAAGUUUAUCUGACCAGAGGUCUAUGGCGUCUCUGCCUUUGCACCGCAGACACCACAGCUUCUCACAGCACAGCCUCCAGCAUUACACCUGUACAUAUCUCAGUUUAGAAUGAGGAAGAUUGCGGUGAUAAAAAUCAGUCUGCCUUUCCUCUUGUUCAAUGACUGCCAUCCCAUUUGCUGAUCACUAACCUUGCUUUGUUAUAGACAUAGAGGAGUACUAGGUAGCAGAAUAGUUACGCAUAGGAAGGAGAGAAACGUUUUGGGGGUGGUGGUGAAUUCUGACUGAUAAUACGUAAGGGUUGUGUUGUGACCUGUGCUUGAUGACAGGAGGUCCCUUCAUCAGACAAGAACAGGAAAUAGUAUAACAGGAAGUAGUAGGUAAGAUGCAGUAUCAUGGAAAACCAUGCAGUGUUUGAUUUUGGACAGAUGCCCCAGUGUUGCUGUACAGUAGUAAUAAUCAUUGAUUUUGGACAGAUGCCCCAGUGUUGCUAUACAGUAGUAAUAAUCAUUGACUUUGGACAGAUGCCCCAGUGUUGCUGUACAGUAGUAAUAAUCAUUGAUUUUGCCAGUGGAGUUAUUUUCCUGCCUUUUUAUUGUGAUUUUCUCUUCAGCCUCUGUUACUUGCCAUUUGGCCAGUGUGCCUGCCCUUUGUAUCAUUAUGCCUCACCAGCUAUAUCCGAUUGCGUAUCAGUGCACAUGUUUUAUUUAAAUAGUAGUAAGUUAAGUAAUCAUUAGAUAGUGCUGUGUAUAUUUUCUAAAUGACUAUAUAUGGUCUAAAACACCUCCCUUACAUGUGAAUCCAAGGGACCAACUCAGUGCGGUGACAGACAAGCAGAGUUGGAGAUGGAUUAAUGAGGCUUGAAGCUCCUUUGACAUCCUUGUUAAUGUAACCCUCUUGGACCAUGUUGUGUACAUUUUUUCUUCUUUGUUUCCAGAUUUCUAUCCCAAUAAAGAUAAUUGAUUUUAUAGCA